CAUCUCAGUAGGGUAAGCGUGCGACCCUGAGCUCCACCAAUCAGGGGUUGUGGACCACUAUAUAAGCGGCCGAGACAUUUCUUCGCUAUCAAAUACCAGCCAUGUCUCUCAAGGUGAUCCUCGUAGCGUGUGUGGCCGCGGUCGCUCUGGCCGAUAAGGCUCCCGUGUAUCAUCAGCCGCCGGUUUACGCCGCACCCACGUACCACGCUCCAGAACCUGCGUACCGCCCCUCACCUUACAAGCAGCCAGAGUAUCCUACUGUCCCGCCGAAGUACAACUACAACUACGGCGUCGCCGACGGAUACUCCGGCGCCAACUUCGCCGCCUCGGAGUCCCGCGACGGCUACAAGACCGAGGGUAGCUACACCGUCGACCUCCCCGACAGCCGAAAGCAGAUCGUCAAGUACGUGGACAACGGCGACGGUUAUGUAGCUGAGGUCACCUACGAGGGCGAGGCUCAGUACCCCGAGUACACCCCCACCUACAAGCCCGCCUACAAGCCCGCUCCCUACCACGCUCCCCCCAAGUACCCCGUGUACUAAGGCUGUACCUUCUCAUAUAAGACAACUUUCCUUCUCAUAUAAGACCACCUCAUCCCAUCCAUUAAACGUGCCAAAGCAUAACGAAUGAGUUGUGGUUGACAUUAUAUGUUUGGGAUAAGAAUAUGUGAUAAUAUUUAAUUGAUUUCCGAUUUUUAAUAAAACAGAUAUAUAAAAAA